UUAAUACCUUCGAACUUAGCUCGUCCGGUGGAAUAUGGAAGAAAAAUUGUGGCUAGGAUAACUCGAUCUAAAUACAAAUUAUUUACUGUUACGAACUAAAAUAUUUAUGUUUUCGCACUUCAAUAUCAUAGUUAUUUUUGUUAUUGCCAAAAUUUGAUAUGGAGUCAGAGGCUCACAGCCAUACAACAAAAUGACUUCUUACAAUUGUCUUGUUGAACUCAUCCUUAUUAAAUAUUCUUCAUUUUUAAACCAAUAGCUUGGUUUAGACUUUUGUAACUGUAAAUGCUUUUGAUGUAGAUAUCAGAGCCAACAAACAGAUGUUUAGUUAUUGUAUUAGUCAUCGAAUUUAGAUUUUUUUUACCAAUACAUUCAACUAUUACGAUGGAUACGAUAAACAACCACAUAAACUUUACGACUUUGUUAUAAGAGAGGAAGUAGAGUCAGGUGUAUAUCAAGCAUUUGAGCCUCGAAAAAAUGUAUAAACUAUGAAGUUCUUUUUUUUCUUAUUCUUCUUCUUUCUUUUCCUUUAAAGUCUAAGCGGAUGUCUAUAUCUAUGGUAGCAACCUAGCUCUGUUAGCACUCAACCAACGACUCCCUUACAUUUAUCAUAUAUGGCGUAUUCAUUGAGCCAUCAACUCCCUUGUUGUUUGUCUUCAUAGCUCUCUUUGUUGUAACAAAAAUUGGUGACUUAUUCCUCCAAGUUAACCGGGCUUUUGUAUAUUGAAGGCCAAGAUCAGGGUAUUGGGCCUAUUUUAUUCAACAAUUCAGUGUGUGCAUAAAUGAAAUUCUUGAUUCGGAAUUCAGUAGGGCUAUCGAGAACUUGUGGUAUUUUCUGGUAACUACUUGUUGGUUUUAUCUGCAUUCUUAGCAAAACUGACAAGGUUUCAUAUUUUCUUUCCUACUUGGUUGGUGUGUUUGUUUUCCUUCUCUAGCUAGUUGUGUCUCUUAAAUCUUUCUUUUUCCCCAAAAAUGAUAUAUGGUUUUGGAAACACCUGUAGGUAGAAAAGAUGCAUUGCAUGUUGCAGUUGGAGCUUAGGUAUGGUAAGGCUGCAAAAGUCAUCCAACUCACCUAUCUUGCAAAAUUAUGUUUUAUCUACAUCACGGAGGGCCGAAUUGCUAAGUUCCGUUCUAAUGAUCGUACAAUUCCUUCUUCACUUUGACCAUCCACUUGGUCCUCAAAUGUCUUAACAUACUAGCUAUAAGGAUUAUACCCCAACUUUGCUUGACUUUCUACUACAUGCUUUGAGAGUUCUCGAUGAAGAAAUCAGCUUAACAGGAAAGAGCGAGGACAAUGUUAUUGUUCAUAUUCUCAAGGAGAAAAAACCCGGUUAUGUCUUCUACAUUUUUAUUUGCCCGAUAUUCGAAAACUCUUCAAAACCUAUUCAUCAGUAUCUUCGCUCUCCAAGAUAUAAGGUAUGUCGUGUCGAAGAUGAUAUCUUCGUCAUCAGUGAGUUAAAUGCAUAUUUGUUCAUGUUUCAAAUGCACUUUGGUACUUAGGCUUAUUGUUUUUCCUUUAUGGAUUUUUGGCUUCUUCCUGUAGGUAAUUCAAGAAUGUAGGGAAUUGAAGAUGAUUGUAGGUGAUUUUACAUCUCGACUCGAAGACUAAGGAUUUUUGUUAACAUCCUAGGACAGAUGUGUCAAUCCCUUAGAUUGGUACACCGUGAUAUUGUUUUCUAUCUUUCCUCCUUCGAUUCGUGAUAGGGAUGGUUGUUCCAAGUUCCAACAAGAUCCAAAUUCGACCCUCAAAUGACAUGUGAUUAUAUGACAGCACCAAUUGCGAAUGUUUUUUUACUUAACCUAUUCAUAUCAAUAAUGACUCGCCCCACAACGAACCAACAUGUUUGCCACCUCUAGUUCUUAGGGUUCUUCUCAAUUUCUAGGUUCGGUUUUGAUGCAACGAAGAAGGUUGUUGGCCAUUCCCAAUCAUCUCUUAAGAGUUAAGACCCCAGUUUGAUAGGAUGUAUGGCUAUUGUCAAGUUGAAUCAUUGUGCCUAUCCACAAUUGCAAUUUUCUGUUGUCGCUAAUUGUAUUUGGUGUGCGUUGUCUUAGUUUCUCGAGCAAAGCAUGUGUCAACAUAAUCGAUAUAGAAGGAAAUCCAUUUUCAUUUGUGCCACAAUUGCAUACAACUCCAUGUGUUAAGGUCUCGUGAAAUCUUCAUUUUACCUAUGUUCCUACUACCUUUAUUCAAUAUAGACAUAUUUUCUUGUUGGUUCAUCUUCUUAAGUUGAGCAAGGGAAGCAACCAACCGGAGUCUCCAAGACAGUCAUGUCAGCACAAAUCAUCGAAUCAUCUUUGCUUAUUAGUUCAUCCAUUAGCAAACAUCCAUCGCGCUCAUAUCACUCAUUCCCGAUGAUGGUAAGGUAUGAAGGAUCCAAGGUCGCCAGAUCGCCUACACAAAAUGGAGUCAAAUUGGUAACAAAAAGAGUGAAUGUAGGACAAUGGUCGGCUUAUAUUGAAAAAGAGUUUGAAGUUCCUGACAAUGACUAAGGUGUUGCGUUUGUGAUGAUGCCACACAUUCUUUCCAAGCUUUUGCUUGCUAUGUUGUUUGUAUAUUUGCCUUUAACUUUUAUCAUUCUUUCAUAAGAGACUCCAUAGAUAGGAGUAGACAUUCGAACAAGUGUUUCAAUAAUGGUUUGUGAAAAAAGGAACCUCUAGCUUGAGGAAGUAGGCUGCCAUCCCAACAUUCUUGGCUCAAGCCGGCUAUUUGAUCCCGGCACGAAUCCUCUUUCAUUUCAGUUCGCCAAUCUUUCCAUCAUCGGAGCUAGCUGGAGUUGGGUAAUUACAAGUUUCCAUAUUCACGACGAUCCCCUAACCAUAUCUCGAUGGAGAGGAGCGAGAAUGAUGGCCCCUUCGCUCUGCCACCGAGUAGUACAGACUGCCAUGGAACUCUCACGCCACCUACAACAAUUAUUGCUGCGAAUACCGUCGUCUACCUCGAGUCUGCUUUCCUCUACCACGUCCUCCCUUCCACCGACGAGGUGUGGUUCAAUUCCUACCUCAUUCUCAAGCUAACCCCUCCUCUGUUUUACCACAAUUUCCACCCCCCUACCAGUUCCAUUAAUUGUCAAAGACCGCGACUAGACUGAUUUCAAUAUACAUUCAUAAAUUCCCCUGGUACAAUUUAAUUAGUUAUGAGAUUGUUGCAGUAAGGAAAUAACAUGAUUGCUUCCAG